CCGUGUGAGUGUGAGGUGUACUGUGCUUCGGUGCGAGUAUUUUGCUGUUGUGUCUUCAACGUCUCGAUAUUCAGUGACAUAGCAGUGUACAAAGCUUACUAUCGCAAUGAAUAUAAUGUUAUACUAAUUUAAUGCUCAUGUAGUUACAUGUUGUAAACAUCCGUGAGUUUGUAAAAAUCUUAUUUGUUUACUUUUACGACACUGCUGCGGUUGCCAUGCGUUUGUAGACCAAGGAACUGCCAAGGCAAGUGCAGUCACGAUCGGGCAAGUGGUAGACCCUCAUAAAAGAAGAUUUUGAAUCCGAUGGCCUUACCUUCCUCGUGAACUUUAUCGAGUGUCUUCCCCCUUUAUUACGUUAGUAUUAUUUCAUCACAGUGUAAAGAAAAAUGACGGGAUUAACGAACCCUAACACUGAGUUGGAACAACAUCUCGUUGCAUUGCUUGCCAAGUUAGAGCGGGAUGCAGGCGUUCGUGAUGAGGGCAGGCCGGCACAGCGAGUGCGGUGGAGUAUGGGCAGCAUGUUUGCUGAAGUACGGACGUUAGAAUUAUGGCGUGCUGUCAUAGCAGAGUGUUUGGCUUGUGUAUUCUACGUGCUGCUGGUGUGUGGAGCAUACAGUCCUUGGGCUGGCCAGCCAUCGAGACCUGAUAGGCACGUCGUCAUAUCUCUCGUCGCCGGCUUUGCCAUGACCGUGCUGGUGCACUGCUUUCAGGAGGUGUCAGGGAGCCACAUCAACCCUGCCAUCACGCUCUCGCUGGCGGUGCUGAGACGCGUGUCGCCUCUCCGUGCGACGAUGUACGUCCUCGCGCAGCUCGGGGGCGGCAUUGCCGGCGCUGCUCUGCUCUUCGGAGCAACAUCAUCCGGGUACAGCGGAGAGCUCGGGUCUACCGUCGUGUCGCGGGUCAUCACAGUGGGCCAAGGGUUCGGAGUGGAGUUCUUGCUGACGUUCGUGGUGGUGCUCACGUAUUUCUCAGCCAUGUGUCCACACCGGGCACCCGGCGCCUCUAGCCACGCCCCUGUCAUUAUAGGGCUUGCAUACCUCGCUGCAACCCUCGUCGGGCUGCCUCUGACCGGGGCCUCCAUGAACCCCGCGCGGUCGCUGGGGCCCGCCUUCGUCAUGAACUCCUGGCAGGGUCACUGGCUGCCCCUGACCGGGGCCUCCAUGAACCCCGCGCGGUCGCUGGGUCCUGCCUUCGUCAUGAACUCCUGGCAGGGUCACUGGGUUAACAUCUUGUCUGAUGACGGUUUCACGCCUUCGUCAUCUGUAAAUUCUCCUACGAAGCUUCAGAGAAAAAACAACGACGCAACUACCACACACUUGCAGCAAGUACCAACACAACAACAACUACAACAACAACAAAACUUACUGCCGUCAAAUGAGGGCCGCGUGGGCAGUGCGGGUGUGGGGCGGCGUGAUGACGCUGAGGAGGCGACCGCAACGAUGUCGUCCUCAGGCCAGUACAACGCUCUCCGCCGCACCGCCGCUCACCCGCGCCACAACACAGCCGGCAACCUCAACGGCGAUGAGCUUUAUACCACGGAAAGCGUGUAUGGGUACGACGACUACAUCUACAGCGGCAGCAAGAGCCUCUACACGCCCGCCUCGAGGCCCACUAACUUGCACCGAUCACAGUCCGUCUGCACGCGUCCUCUGCCCAACCCCGACCCUCCUAGCCUUCCUCCUGUCCAAAAAAGUCUCCUGCACAACAAUCUUAUGGUGUACAACGCUCAGCAGCUCGAGCAUCAAAAGCUGCAGCAGCAAUUCGCACAGCAACAGCAGCACGCGAACAACAUUAACAAGCCGACUUCCACUGCUGCUUCAAUGUCGCAUUACUCUAAAAAUAUUCGGAAUGUGUCGUCUCCUUCAGAGUUCGAAUUUUCGACUGCGUCCACCGUUACUACACGCAGUGCUCCUAUAAAGUCGAACCUGAUCAAGCCUGAACCCAUUUAUAAGGGCCAGCAGAGUGAGUCAUCAUACAAUGCGCGUCAUGAACCAAUAUAUAAAGUUCAGGAGCCGAUUGUCAACAACCAGAAUAACCAGAAACUUAUCAGCCAACAGGAAUACCAUCACCAACAGCAAAUUCAACAACAACAGGUGCAACAACAGCAUCAAUACUACCCCAACACCAGCAACGGACCUAACUUGAUGUACCAAAAUGCGCCCGUAGCGCGCAGCAGAAAUGUGAACGUCCCUGAGCGCUGUGGCAGCGUAACGAGCUCGCGAGACGCUGCCUCUAAUGGCGUCAAGUAUCAUCCUGGCGAGGAUGACGAUGCUAGUCAAUAUGGCGACAGGAAUCUCAAUUAUCGGCUCUUUGAAGGAAACAGACCACAAAUUCCCACUCCUGAUAGUUUCAAUAAUUCUGAACGCUCUUCUCAGCCGUGUCAGCCAUUCAGACCUGCUAACGGGAAACUCUACUAAAAGGGAAAUAACUCGGUUAGCUCCUCUGCAUUUCAUUUGAAGUAUUUCGAUAGGUGCCACUCCCCGAAACGCUGUUUUAUUAUUUGUUUCGCGUGGAAGACAGCGAUAGGUCAAGGGUUACCAAGUGCCAAAGCCUGUAUAGUAUGGAGUUUUUUCGUCGAAUGAUAUUCAUGACAAAAAAUAUGUAGGUUUUGUUUGUAGCCACUCCAAUAUCUGAGUUCCUUCAAAUCUGCACUGCAAUAUCCGUCAAGGAGUAUCUUUUUUAUAAUGUUUAUGAAUCGAACGAGUUAGGGCAGAAUCUAUGUACGUACAAUUAUAUAUGAUGGUACUAAGGGCAAAGCAUGUGGAUGUUGUGACGGCAUGUUAAAGUUGAGCUCGAUGAUGAGCGCAUUGCUCAUUGCCAAAAAAUUUGAUUGUUCGGAAGCUUUUUUUACGAAAAAUUGGUUUCUGGAUAAUUGAGAUGUUUCUUGUUGGUUGUUUCGGCCAGUGCAACGAGCAGUGAGACUGAUUUGUAACAUGCGUACUAUUAAGUAUAUACAUGCGUACUAUUAAGUACGGUUGGCUUGCAAUGCUUUUCAUAAUACUUAGGAUGUAUACUGGAUGACAGAACGGAGAAGCAUGGAGCCAUAUCAGUGUGUGGAAUUAUUUGUGUGAUCGAAGUGUAAAAAUGUCACUAUAAACGUUUAAGGCGCCUUGGUAUUUCAUAUUCUCAGAAGUCCACAUUACAGAAUUCGCGACCAUUUCUUAGUCGAAUCUUCGGAAAAAAAAAUGUUUUGCUCUGUAGAAAUAGUUGUGGUCGUGUUGCUGCGUGGUCGCUAUAAACUAAAAUUUCUGCAGUAGUAAAAUUAUCCGUUUCAAACAAUCGCAAGAUGUUUAUUUCCAAUCGCAAUAAGUCCUCACAUUUCCGCCUGUGAACCAUAAAUUAUGACCAGAUUCAAAAGCUAGAUCGUGUAAUCAAGAACUCAUUUCAUGGGUGUCAGCUCGCGAAAUCUUAGUCAUUUUCGGGAGGUGGGGUGCCACAAACUCGUGGACGUUGUUCAAUUUGAUUUCGACUCGCGCUACGGGUUUUCUGGUGUCACUUCUUCACUGGGAACCCGAAAUGCGCUUUGUGACCUAUUUCAGGUCGUCAUUUCCGGAAUGUUUCUCAGUUAGUACAUUUGAGAUCAUGAACUGUACUUGGUGGGACAUUUUGGUGAAUCAAUCGACUAACACAUUUAGCCAAAUACUUUGAAGGAACCGCCUGUAUAUUCUUCUCAAAUGUGAGGUCUGUUUAAAUGGUAAUUCGAGAAGACACGGGAAUAGGUUGUCGGCUUGAAACCUGAUCAAGUGCUAGAACAGUCUUUUCGAUCCUGCGACUAGUUAGUCGUUGAUAUCUUGUCAAUCUUCAUGAAUAUUUUGAUUAUUAACUUAACUUUCUCGUUUCACUUCAUUCUUCAGUUAUAAAUUAAAAAGCAUCGUAAUAUUUAAGUCAUUGCUGUGCACAUUGAAUUAUUCCAUGGAAUUUAGGGCGAACGGAAUUUUUUGUGUAAAUUUCUUGUAGGCCGGAAUGCACAAAAAUAAUGUAUUUAUAGUGCGAGAUCUGUAAAUAGAAGCACAAAAAUGAUGAAUGAUCCGUGCAAGAUCUGUAAAUAGAAUUAUUUCUUACUAUAUAUGAUCUUUUUGAUGUGAAUAUUUGCGAGUACAAGUUGCGAUAAUUCUAUUCACUUUUCAAUAUUAAAUGGAUGGAACUGAC